AUGGCUAAGGUUGAGCAGGUGAAGUUUGAUGUGAUGGAGCUUCAUGCUCGUCCUGAACUGGCAGCACAGCAACGCAUGGUGGACGACGCCUCUGGACAGGUUCAGAUCUGGCGUAUAGAGAACCUGGAGUUGAGAGAGCUCCACCCCAGCUCGUUCGGUCAGUUCUACGGAGGAGACUGUUACCUGGUGCUCUACACCUACAAGAGAGCUAACAAGCUGCAGUACAUACUCUACAUGUGGCAGGGUCGCCAUGCUACUCAGGAUGAGAUCACAUCGUCUGCCUAUCAGGCCGUUGCCAUGGACAACAAGUACAGCGGAGUGCCGGUCCAAGUCAGGGUGGUCAUGGGAAAAGAGCCGCGUCACUUCCUGGCCAUCUUUAAAGGAAAACUCAUCAUCUUUGAGGGGGGUACAGGCAGAGCGGGGGUGACUAACCCAGGCCCAGGAGCCAGACUGUUCCAGGUUCGAGGGACUCAUGAGAUGAACACCAGGGCUACUGAGGUCCCAGCCCGCUCCUCAUCACUCAACACCAACGAUGUGUUCCUGCUAAAAACUGACCACACGAUUUACCUGUGGUACGGCAAGGGUUGUAGUGGCGAUGAGAGAGAGAUGGCGAAGGCUGUGGCAGACGUUCUGUCCAGGCAGGAUAAACAGGUUGUUAUGGAGGGACAGGAGCCUGCUGAGUUCUGGGUGGCUCUGGGAGGGAAGGCCCCCUACACCUGCGACAAGAG